GUGGCGCCCCCACGGGAGCCCACGGGAGGCCCGCGGCCCCCGGGACCCUGGGCAGCCACCGGGAAGGGCAGGAUGCCAGAGUGGGCAUUCUCAGGGGGUCGGGGCCGGGCCGCCGCCGGUCCCUCUCCGCCGCCUUGUUGCGCGGCCGCGGCUCGCCCGCACAGCCUGUGGGCAGAACGGCGUGCUGCUUGCUCUUCGGGCUCCCGGCCUCCUCGCGCCGGUCUCCCCGGGUAGUUAUUUGUCGUAUCCCGGGAUGGGCGAUACGACACCCUACCCACCCUACUCUGCGGAAAGUUGAACUCCUACUCGCCCUGAGCUCCUCCUCAGCCCUUGCCGGCCUUCACUCGCCUCUCAGAUUCUUAACGCUAUAUGACUUUGGCUUUCAAGAUCCUCUUCCCGAGAAACCUUUGUGCCCUUGGCAGAAAAGAACUGUGCCUGUUCCCAGAACAGAAUCGCUGGGCUGCCAUAAGUCAGUUCAGCCAGUGGUCGGAAACAAAUCUCCUCGGUGGGUGCUGCCUUCUCCAGAGAAGAAAGCCUGUCCUAGCUCUCCAGAGAGGUCAUCUAAGACCACGUGCCACCCACCUUACUUUCUGGCCAGGGUCGCAUGUGGGACUCUGUACUGGCCCCUGUGCGAUGGCAGAGCAGCGGUUCUGUGUGGACUAUGCCAAGCGGGGCACAGCUGGAUGCAAGAAAUGCAAGGAGAAGAUUGUAAAGGGCGUGUGCCGCAUUGGCAAAGUGGUGCCCAACCCCUUCUCAGAGUCUGGGGGUGAUAUGAAAGAGUGGUACCACAUUAAGUGCAUGUUUGAGAAACUGGAACGGGCUCGGGCCACCACAAAGAAAAUUGAAGACCUCACAGAGCUGGAAGGCUGGGAAGAGCUGGAAGAUAACGAAAAGGAACAGAUAAGCCAGCAUAUUGCAGACCUGUCUUCUAAGGCAGCUGCCACACCUAAGAAGAAAGCUGCUGUCCAGGCUAAGCUGACAACCACUGGCCAGGUGACAUCUCCAGUGAAAGGUGCUUCGUUUAUUACCAGUACCAAUCCUCGGAAGUUCUCUGGCUUUUCAGCAGCAAAACCCAACAACUCUGAGCAAGCCCCCUCAAGCCCUGCUCCUGGAACGAGUCUGUCUGCAAGUAAAUGUGACCCUAAGCACAAAGAUUGUCUGCUACGAGAGUUCCGGAAGCUGUGCGCCAUGGUGGCUGAAAAUCCUAGCUAUAACACCAAGACCCAGAUCAUCCAUGACUUCUUGCAGAAAGGCUCCACAGGAGAUGGCUUUCACGGUGAUGUGUACCUGACAGUUAAGCUGCUGCUGCCUGGUGUCAUCAAGAGUGUUUACAACUUGAAUGAUAAGCAGAUUGUAAAACUUUUUAGCCGAAUUUUUAACUGCAACCCAGAUGAUAUGGCCCGGGACCUAGAACAGGGUGACGUGUCAGAGACGAUCAGAAUCUUCUUUGAGCAGAGCAAGUCUUUCCCCCCAGCUGCCAAAAGCCUCCUCACCAUUCAGGAAGUGGAUGCCUUCCUCCUGCACCUCUCCAAGCUCACCAAAGAGGAUGAGCAGCAGCAGGCCCUGCAGGACAUAGCCUCCCGGUGUACAGCCAAUGACCUUAAGUGCAUUAUUCGGCUGAUCAAACAUGAUCUGAAGAUGAACUCGGGUGCAAAACACGUGUUAGAUGCCCUUGACCCCAAUGCUUAUGAAGCCUUCAAAGCAUCGCGCAACCUGCAGGAUGUGGUGGAGCGAGUCCUUCACAAUGAGCAGGAGGUGGAGAAGGACCCAGGCCGGCGACGGGCUCUGAGGGUCCAGGCCUCACUGAUGACGCCUGUGCAGCCCAUGCUGGCUGAGGCCUGCAAAUCCAUUGAAUAUGCAAUGAAGAAGUGUCCCAAUGGCAUGUUCUCUGAGAUCAAGUACGAUGGUGAGCGAGUCCAGGUGCAUAAGAAGGGGGACCACUUCAGCUACUUCAGCCGCAGUCUCAAGCCUGUCCUGCCUCACAAGGUGGCCCACUUCAAGGACUAUAUACCCAAAGCUUUUCCUGGGGGUCAAAGCAUGAUCUUGGAUUCCGAGGUACUCCUGAUUGACAACAACACAGGCAAACCACUGCCCUUUGGGACUCUGGGAGUGCACAAGAAAGCUGCUUUCCAGGAUGCUAAUGUCUGCCUGUUUGUUUUUGAUUGUAUCUACUUUAAUGAUGUCAGCUUGAUGGACAGGCCUCUCUGUGAGCGACGGAAGUUUCUUCAUGACAACAUGGUUGAAAUCCGUAACCGGAUCAUGUUCUCAGAAAUGAAGCAAGUCACAAAAGCUUCAGACCUGGCUGACAUGAUAAACCGGGUGAUCCGAGAGGGCUUGGAAGGGUUGGUGCUAAAGGAUGUGAAGGGUACAUAUGAGCCUGGGAAGCGGCACUGGCUGAAAGUUAAGAAAGAUUAUUUGAAUGAGGGGGCCAUGGCUGAUACAGCUGAUCUGGUGGUUCUUGGGGCCUUCUAUGGGCAAGGGAGCAAAGGCGGAAUGAUGUCCAUCUUCCUCAUGGGCUGCUAUGACCCUGACAGCCAAAAGUGGUGCACUGUUACAAAAUGUGCUGGAGGCCAUGAUGAUGCCACACUUGCCCGCCUGCAGAAAGAGCUGGUUAUGGUGAAGAUCAGCAAGGAUCCUAGUAAGAUACCCAGCUGGCUGAAGAUCAACAAGAUCUAUUAUCCUGACUUUAUCGUCCCAGACCCAAAGAAAGCUGCUGUGUGGGAGAUCACAGGGGCAGAAUUCUCCAGAUCUGAGGCACACACUGCUGAUGGCAUCUCCAUCCGAUUUCCUCGAUGCACCCGAAUCCGGGACGACAAGGACUGGAAAUCUGCCACUAACCUCCCCCAACUCAAGGAACUGUACCAGCUGUCCAAAGACAAGGCAGACUUUGCUGUGGUGGCUGGAGAUGAGGCAAGCCCCACUACUGGAGGCAGCAGUGGCGAGAACGAGGGCACUGCUGGGUCUGCUGGGCCCUGCAAGGGCCCCCCCAGUAAGUCCUCUGCCAGUGCCAAGACCACCGAACAGAAGCUCAAUAGCCCCAGUAGCAGAGGUGGCAUCAAACCGAUUCCAAAGCAUUCCCCCAUGAAACCAGGAGAGAAGCUGGCUGUGAAGUCUUCUCCAGUCAAAGUGGGAAUGAAGAGGAAAGCUACUGAUGAGACCCCAUGCCUGAAAAAGGUACUGUUGGAUGUCUUCACUGGGGUGCGGCUCUACUUGCCACCUUCUACACCAGACUUCAAACGUCUCAAACGCUACUUUGUGGCAUUCGACGGGGACCUGGUACAGGAAUUUGACAUGGGCUCAGCCACACAUGUGCUAGGUAACAGGGAAAAGAACACUGAUGCCCAGUUGGUCUCCUCAGAGUGGAUUUGGGCAUGUAUCCGGAAACGGAGGCUGAUAGCUCCCUGCUAGGACUUUGGUCUUCCUCUUUGGGCUGUCCUCUCCUGCCCACUCUACCACAUGAGGCUCAGCCUGAAGGGUAGGGGCCUCUUUGCCAAGCAGCCUACUUUCUUAUAUCCUCUGAUUCUUCAUGGUCUCUUCUGGAUCAGGAGUUAACUGCUGUGGACACAAGCAGUUUAACUGGAACUUUGAGAUCCGGGUGCUAGCUUUGUCUUUUUUAUUAGUUGUCUGUGGUACUGAUAACGAACUUAGACCCUUAUUCAUGCUAUGCACAGCACUCUGCCACUGUCCUACAGUUUUAUAAAUAAGAAAUCUUAAGCUAGGCAUGAAGAAGUCAUGGGGAUCAGAAGUUCAAGGCUAACCUGGGAUAAGAAUUUAAACAAGAAUAAGUAUCCUUCCCCCACUGGUUCCACCUGCAGUUUUCCUCCGAGACUAAGGAAUGAAGGCUGGGCAGAGCCUACUUCCUGUGCUCCUCGCUUCCAUGUGCAUCUUAAAAGCUGUAUUUAAACUCUUCUCGAAUGCUUCUUGUAUGUGGCAAGACCUUUAUUAUGCCUGGUCUAAACCCUCACGUGAAAGAACAAAGUGGCAUCCAAUGAUUAGAGUUUCCAGGUCACUGCCUGGAGGGAGAGGCUGACAUCUACAGGAUGGCUUCCUUGGAGACAGAGGCUCCUUGAAGGUGAAUUUGCCUCCUCAAAAUCUGACUACUCUUAGGAGCACAGGUCCAUAGCUGGGAAAAUGUACACACCCUGCUUACCAAGGCUGGCUCCUGUAUCAUGUGUGGCAGAUGCACUUGAAGGGUAAAGAAGGAUGAUUGCUGUGUACAAGUGCACACAAGGGUAUUUUGCAACAGUGGAAGUGUCCUAAAAUAGGCUCAUCUGAUUAUCAAGACCUUGAAAUGUGGCUGGCAUGACUGGAGAAAACCAUAAACGUUUCAAGACAACUUCAAAUGGUCUCAAGUUACCAGUGACAUCACAUAUCACCUGAGCAUCAGUUCAAGAGGAGUGGGUAGAGUCACUGUUGCUGAAUCACUGGGCAGCUGCCACUAACCUCAGACACCUUGUUUAAGGUGUGCAGCGCACACCCUGGUUCAGAGGUUGUCCAGGAGGAGGCCUAGCUUACCAACUCAUGUUAAAAGUUCGCAUUCAGGUCUAAGCCUGGCCCUCGCCAGGAACUGUGGGAGACUGGUUUCCUUGUUUAUGCUGUGCCACCUCUUGAGAAUCCUCUCUCUGUUCUUACCAACUCAGCAGGCUUACAUAUCCACCUCCUGUGAGCUAGGUUACUAGGAUGGAACUUGUGAGCCUCUAAGAUACAGACCCACCACCCCAUGUAACUCCUAAAGUAAGAUCCCAUCAGGCGGUUGCUUACUUGUCUGGCUCUAUCUUUCACCUGCUCUUUAAGACAUGGAUGUAGAUGCUCUGAUGAGGGCAGAGUAGGCAACAUUCAGUCUGGUAAGUAAAGCAUUUAACUCUAGUCUCAAGCAGAAGCUGCUUUGCGCUUUGAACACUUGGACCAAGCAGCUUGGUCCAGCAUCAGACUAUUCUUCCUCAUCACACAGGGCCAAAAGUUCAGCCCUUUGUCCCUUUAAUGCCUUACUAUAUAUUUACUCCAACUCACUGUCAGAUCUUUGCAAAGAGGUUAAACUGUAUGAAGACCUUUGUAUCUUUUCCCGUCUUUCCACACAACCCUAAGGACCAUCACCUGAAACCUCCCACACGGCUGGAAACGUGCCCUCUGUGGCCUUUGUUUACAAUAGUGCCAGUUGAUGACAGGCAUUGUUCAUUGCUGGGUGCUCAAUAGGUCCAGCCAUCAGCAAGAGACAGGGUAGAAUCCUUUCAUCCAGUUCUCCCAGGGGUGAUACACUCCCCUCCCCUCAGGCACCUCUUCAGGUAGGUGGGUACAGGCCAGUGCUUACUCUGUAGUCUGCUCUUUAGGCUGGGCCAACCUUUGAGACACACUUGUCUGUAUUCAAAAGCUACCUACUGUCAGUCUUUCAGGGUAACUUGUUCCUUUCCACUUAGCUCUUGAAGGCCCCUCUACAGUGGGACCGUAACUAACUUCACAUGGUGCUUCCCGUCUGCUCUUGAGAAUCUUACACUUAGCUCCACUUCCAACUGUCCCACAGUUUCUCCAAUGCAUUCUUGUGAUCUUGGGUGAGUCACACCACAGAGCAAGGGUACCUUGAUCAAGACCAGGUGGCCAAGCACCUCCAGAAGCGGGAUGCAGUCUCUGAAGAGCAAUGUUCUGCAUGUGGCCUGAUGUCUGCCUGCAUUUACAAGUUCUCUGGCAUUAUCCCCCACACACCAGAUGGGACAGGCAUCUGUAUUUAAACUUUAUUACAAAAUUAUAAAGCAGAGCUCUGUAACAAAAAAAUACACAUUUGGGUAUGCUUUUAACACCCAGGUGAGAAAAUCUUAAUGUAAGCCACUUGGAGCUACACAUUUACAUCCGAGAGAUCUCAACAAAUUUGUACAACAUAGACUAUUAAUUCCUUUACAGCUUAUUAGUUUAGAACCGGCUAUUUCCAACCUAUGAAACAGCAUCUUUGAAAACUAAGUCUCAACUGAAAUCUUGGUGCAAUCAGCAAAAUCCACAGAAUAAUUGGAAAGAUUAGGUGUUUCAACAUUAAGACCAAGGAUCCGUGAAGAACAAAAAGGGGGCUCAGGUAUUUAACCAAAAAAAAAAAAAAAAAAAAUUAAGGUUUUCUACCUGAGAUGUUAACUGGAAUGGGUUCCAACUUUCAUUUGGUUUAACAAUAAAGUUGUUUGACAUGUU